CUCGGGGCCGCCUCCUGUCCUCCUGCCCGCCUGCCUGGCAGGUCUGGCUGGUGAGUGACUCACACACCUGCGCCCACUGCAUGCGCAGCAAGGGAGCCAGUGAACGUGACCCCUGAGCUCCUGCCCACCAGCUGAAACAGACGAGACCCCUCCCUGCCGCUGGAGCCUGCCCCCAUCACCUGCACUCACUUCUCCUGUGGCUGGAAUUGGACUGCACAGAAUCCGGGUCAGGCUUUUGGUUUUUAAACAUCUCUGUCCCUCGCUGAGUUGGAGGAGAACGCUUUGGAGGUCACUGGGCGAGCAGCUGGGACGGUGCGGGUCUGAGCUGCACCUUGUCGAUGGCUUCCUCCCGUCCUCCACAGGCUGCCAUAGGAGAUCGGCUGCUUCCUGGAGGCCCAAGCCCCUCCCCCGAGGCGGAGGAUGACCCCGGAGAGACCUUUGAGUUUGACGACAGUGACGAUGACGAGGACACCAGUGCUGGCCUGGGUGUCCCAGGCGCUCCUCCAGAGGAGGCAGACACCCCACUGAUCCACUUGGACUCCGCCCCAGCCACUGACCCAGAUCCAGCGGCCGCACCGCCCCAGACGCAGGGGCCAGCUGUGGUGAGCAAUGGGGAGGCAGUGGACGCAGCUUUCUCUGGGGUCCGGCGCUCCAGCUGGAAGCGGAAGAGCUCCCGUCGCAUCGACCGGUUUACUUUCCCCGCCCUGGAAGAAGAUGUGAUUUACGACGACGUCCCCUGCGAGAACCUGGACGCCCAUCAACCCGGGGCGGAGAAGAACCUGCUCUAUGAGGAUGUGCACCGGGACGGGGCGCCCCGGGAGGCCGAGGACCUAGGCUGGAGCUCCAGCGAGUUUGAGAGCUACAGCGAGGACUCGGGGGAGGAGGCCAAGCCGGAGGCGGAGCCCACCAAGCACCGAGUGUCCUUCCAGCCCAAGAUGACCCAGCUCAUGAAGGCUGCCAAGAGCGGGACCAAGGACGGGCUGGAGAAGACGAGGAUUGCUGUCAUGCGCAAAGUGUCCUUUCUGCACAGGAAGGAUGUCCUUGGUGAUUCGGAGGAGGAAGACAUGGGGCUCCUGGAGGUCAGCGUUACAGACAUCAAGCCCCCAGCCCCGGAGCUGGGCCCCAUGCCAGACGGCCUGAGCCCUCAGCAGGUGGUCCGGAGACACAUCCUGGGCUCCAUUGUGCAGAGCGAAGGCAGCUACGUGGAGUCUCUGAAGCGGGUACUCCAGGAUUACCGCAACCCUCUGAUGGAGAUGGAGCCAAAGGCGCUGAGCGCCCGCAAGUGCCAGGCCGUGUUCUUCCGCGUGAAGGAGAUCCUGCACUGCCACUCCAUGUUCCAGAUUGCCCUGUCCUCCCGCGUGGCCGAGUGGGACUCCACCGAGAAGAUCGGGGACCUCUUCGUGGCUUCAUUUUCCAAGUCCAUGGUGCUAGACGUGUACAGCGACUAUGUGAACAACUUCACCAAUGCCAUGUCCAUCAUCAAGAAGGCCUGUCUCACCAAGCCCGCCUUCCUCGAGUUCCUCAAGCGGCGGCAGGUGUGCAGCCCCGACCGCGUCACACUGUACGGACUGAUGGUGAAGCCCAUCCAGAGGUUCCCGCAGUUCAUCCUCCUGCUGCAGGACAUGCUGAAGAACACCCCCAGGGGCCACCCGGACAGGCUCUCGCUGCAGCUGGCCCUCACAGAGCUGGAGACGCUCGCCGAGAAGCUCAACGAGCAGAAGCGGCUGGCUGACCAGGUGGCUGAGAUCCAGCAGCUGACCAAGAGCGUCAGCGACCGCAGCAGCCUCAACAAGCUCCUAACCUCAGGCCAGCGGCAGCUGCUUCUGUGUGAAACACUGACGGAGACCGUGUAUGGUGACCGCGGGCAGCUGAUCAAGUCCAAGGAGCGCAGGGUCUUCCUGCUCAACGACAUGCUGGUCUGUGCCAACAUCAACUUCAAGGGCCAGCUGGAGAUCAGCAGCCUGGUGCCCCUGGGGCCCAAGUACGUGGUGAAGUGGAACACGGCGCUGCCCCAGGUGCAGGUGGUGGAGGUGGGCCAGGAGGGCGGAUCCUGUGAUAAGGACAACGUGCUCAUCCAGCAUGCCGGGGCCAAGAAGGCCUCUGCCGCUGGCCAGGCCCAGAAUAAGGUGUACCUCGGCCCCCCGCGCCUCUUCCAGGAGCUGCAGGACCUGCAGAAGGACCUGGCUGUGGUGGAGCAGAUCACCCUCCUGAUCAGCACGCUGCACGGCACCUACCAGAACCUGAACAUGACCGUGGCUCAAGACUGGUGCCUGGCCCUGCAGAGGCUCAUGCGGGUGAAGGAGGAGGAGAUCCACUCAGCCAACAAGUGCCGCCUUAGGCUCCUGCUUCCAGGGAAACCAGACAAGUCCGGCCGCCCCAUCAGCUUCAUGGUGGUCUUCAUCACGCCCAACCCCUUGAGCAAGAUCUCCUGGGUCAACAGGUUGCACUUGGCCAAGAUUGGACUCCGAGAGGAGAACCAGCCGGGCUGGCUGUGUCCAGACGAGGACAAGAAGAGCAAAGCCCCGUUCUGGUGCCCGAUCCUGGCCUGCUGCAUCCCUGCCUUCUCCUCCCGGGGCCUCAGCCUGCAGCUUGGGGCCCUGGUCCACAGUCCUGUCAGCUGUCCCCUGCUGGGCUUCUCGGCUGUCAGCACCUCCCUUCCACAGGGCUACCUCUGGGUCGGGGGCGGGCAGGAGGGCGCAGGGGGCCAGGUCGAGAUCUUCUCCCUGAACCGGCCCUCGCCCCGCACGGUCAAGUCCUUCCCACUGGCGGCCCCUGUGCUCUGCAUGGAGUACAUCCCGGAGCCGGAGGAGGGGGAGAGUGGAGACCAAGAAGAAAGCCGCACGGCUGCGGACGCCUCAGCUGGAGUGCAUCCCACCAUCUGCCUCGGGCUCCAGGAUGGCAGCAUCCUGGUUUACAGCAGCGUGGACACAGGCACCCAGUGCCUGGCGACCUGCAGGAGCCCAGGCCUGCAGCCCGUGCUCUGCCUGCGACACAGCCCCUUCCACCUACUUGCUGGCCUGCAGGACGGGACCCUUGCUGCCUAUCCUCGGACCAGUGGAGGUGUCCCCUGGGACCUGGAGAGCCCGCCCGUGUGCCUGACUGUGGGGCCUGGGCCUGUCCGUACCCUGCUGAGUCUGGAGGACGCCGUGUGGGCCAGCUGUGGGCCCCGGGUCACCGUUCUGGAUGCUACCAGCUUGCAGACUCAGCAAAGCUUCGAGGCGCACCAGGACGAGGCCGUGAGCGUGAUGCACAUGGUGAAGGCGGGUAGCGGCGUCUGGAUGGCCUUCUCCUCUGGCUCCUCCAUCCGCCUCUUCCACACGGAGACGCUGGAGCACCUGCAGGAGAUCAACAUCGCCACCAGGACCACCUUCCUGCUGCCCGGCCAGAAGCACCUGUGUGUCACCAGCCUCCUGAUCUGCCAGGGUCUGCUCUGGGUGGGCACCGACCAGGGUGUCAUUGUCCUGCUGCCUGUGCCUCGGCUGGAAGGCAUCCCUAAGAUCACAGGGAAAGGCAUGGUCUCGCUCAACGGUCACUGUGGGCCUGUGGCCUUCCUGGCUGUGGCCACCAGCAUCUUGGCCCCCGAUAUUCUGCGGAGCGACCAGGAGGAGGCCGAGGGGCCGCGGGCCGAGGAGGACAAGCCGGACGGGCAGGCUCACGAGCCAGCGCCCGUGCCCGCGAGCCACGUGGGCCGAGAGCUGACCCGCAAGAAAGGCAUCCUUCUGCAGUACCGCCUGCGCUCCACCGCCCACCUCCCGGGCCCCCUGCUCUCCGUGCGGGAGCCGGAGCCCACGGACGGCUCAGCCCUGGAGCACAGCGAGGAGGACGGCUCCAUCUACGAGAUGGCCGACGACCCCGACGUCUGGGUGCGCAGCCGGCCCUGUGCCCGCGACGCCCACCGCAAAGAGAUCUGCUCGGUGGCCAUCAUCUCGGGAGGACAGGGCUACCGCAACUUCGGCAGCGCCCCGGGCGGGAGCGGGAAGCCGGCCCCUUGUGGGGAGACGGACAGCGCCCUCCUCAUCUGGCAGGUGCCCUUGAUGCUAUAGCCCCCACCUAGGCCACACAGCAGCAGCCAUGCCAGCUCUCAGCCUGCUGUGGGCCCUUCCAGCGGUCCAGGGGCCCCAGGGAGCACUGGAUGGACUCGCCCUCCAGGGACCUGCACCGGGCCACGCGGACGGGCCUGGAUCUCCAGUACUACCGGAGUGAAGCAGAGGAAAACCUCUUCCUUUUUAAGAAAAAAAAAAAAAAUUUCAGUGUUUAGGAGAGUAGUUUGAGUUUGGGGAAAGGGAGGACACCUCUGGAGGAAAUGGCCUAUUUUAAAAGCAAAAAACACAAAACCUCACAACUGCCCGGCAAGCUCAAUGCCUCUUGUCGGGGCCCGAUCGGGGCACAGGGGUGGCCGCCCGCCCCUCCUGGAAGGGCGUGUGCGUGUGAGUGUAUGAGAGCGUGUGGGCUGGUGUGUGAAUAUAUAUAAAUACGUAUAUAUGGUGUAUAUUAUAUGUGUAUAAAUAAAGUCUGUACAUAUUGGAGCUCUGGGAGAUGCUGGAAUAAAAAGCAAGAAUAACAUCA